AUCCCCAGUGUUGACUACCCAACAGACAGUACAGAUUUCAGUGAAAUAAGAAGAAACAGAAAAAUAAAAUGAAAUACAACUGUCGGGGCAGCCGACUUAGGAACCAUAGCCGCGUCUCACCGACCUCUUUCGCGUUUAAACUUAGCGGAGGUGACGUCAUUCUGGCUACAUUGGACCGCUAUUUGCGACCUCGCGGGCCAGGCCAUUGGUUUGUGAAAACACUCGAAUGACUUGAAAAAAUUUAUUCAGUUGAUUAAACACGACUGAAUUACCAAAAAUACACGGGCAUCCGAUGAGGACUGUUAUUCUUUAAAAAACUAUAUGUUGGGCGAGUGUCGGCCGAAUGUCGGCUAACGUCGGCCGAAUGUCGGGCCAAUACUGGCAGCCAGCCUAGAGUGGGCACUUCGUUAAUAUCGAUGUUGUAAACAAUUGCAAUGUCAGAACUGAUAACAAUCAUCAAUAAACGUAAACAAAAGGCGAAAAAACGGGUGAAAAAUAAUGAAAAAAAUACGAUCGCAGAUGCCCUCACCAGAGCAAAAUGCAAUAGCAUUAGUCAUAACGAAUCAGCCGUCUAUCAGUAAUAACCAUCGAUAUCGCGCUCCAAUUACGUGACCAUACGGCUACUCAUGAUCCCGUCGCCUUUGCCCCUCGCAAACGUUGGAUUGGCCUCAAAGUACUCAACCGUCGACGUUAAAAACACUCGACAUAAUUUUUAUUUCACCCGACUGACUGUCUCAUAUCGAAGGAUUUGUGAAAACGUAGGUGAAAGCUCGCCUUAUACGUCAGAGCCGUGUGUUUAUGUCAAAGAGAGUCAUAAACAGCGUCCUCCGAUUCUUUCGCACUCCACAAUUAAAUGGAAUAAAAUUUUCUGUCAACUUGACUCAAUCGGACAGACUCACUGGAGAUUUACAGGCCCAUCAGCGAUAAUUGCAGUUGCAAGAGAUAAUCAACGAUUGCAUGACAAAUGUACGAGUCGAGAUCGACAAAUCGAUUGUAUUCUCUUCAUCAUUCCUUCAUUCGUGUUAAUGAUUGCAGAAAUGAACAAUGUUUGAGUGACAAAUACACAACUGUGAAUUUGUGAUAAUGAUUCGCUGAGUCAAAUGCCUACACGCAUCACUGCUACCACGGGAUAUUCACGUUUAAUCAGCCACGACGUUAAUGAGACCAGCCAAUGGCGUGGGACUGAGAAUUCUCGGAUUUAUCUGGUGCACCUGUUCCCUAUCAGUUCCCUCCAUCGAUUGAAUAAUCUCCGUCAGCGUUAAAAAAAAAAUCGGAGUGAAUGGGUGACAAUUUUAUCCAACCGUCGGAGCGUGAAAAAUGUGAAAUAGGAUUUUUCCCAGUCUGAUGAAUGGAGCGAUACGCCUUAUCAUUAUCGCUCCCUAUCUCCGAUCAAUAGCACCUCUGAUAUGUAAUCACAGGUCCACCAAAUGCGUUUAAUCUCGGAAUAAAAACGAAGAAAAAAAUACAAUCUCCAUUGAGAGGAAUUAUCCGUCACGAUUUACGAGUGCAACACCACAACGACGUCUCCAUCGUUUACAAUAAAAUAUGACGCCAUGUUAACAUGACGUCAUAUUUUAUAAAGGGGAGCGCACAGACAUCAGCGAGAAAAUAAAUAUUAUCUCUAUUUCGUAAUAAAAAAAAAGAAAAAUUACGUUGGCCGAAACCUUGAGUGCGACUCGAUUACGCGGUUGAAACAGCGUCAAGGACGCGCCGUAUAAGGCCCCACAUGCGAAGGAGAUCGACAGUUUUAAAUUUGUGAAUUUUAAAAUUAUUCCACGAUAAAUACAUAAUAAAAACACA